AUGUUAAAUGAUAAGACAUUCCCUACCUCUUUAUCUCUGUGCCUCUCUUCAGCUGACUCUCUCAGUUUUCUCUAUCACCCUGCCUCUCGCUAUCUCCUUCUCUCUUUCUUUCUCUCUUUCCCCCACAUCCUCUUUCUCUGUUUUUCUCAUUUUCUCUCCAUUUCUUUCUGUUUCUUCUCUUCUAUCUUUUUCUUUUUCUCUCCCUCUCGUUCUUGUUCGCCUCCCUUCCUUCUUUGUCUCUCUCCCAUUUAUUACCUUCCUCCAUCUAUUCUCUUUCUUUCAUUCCCUCCCACUUCCACUAAUAUCCAUUUUCUCCCUUUCUCGCGUUUUCUCUCUUUUUCGCCUUCUUAUAUUUCCAAUGUCUUUCUCUUUCUUCUUUCCUUAAUUUUUUUGUCUCUCUCGAUAUUUUCAUGUCUCCUUUUCUCUUUCUUUUUCACUAUCUGUCUUUUUCCCCAUUAUUCCCUUCUCCCCCCUCUCUCUGUCCUUUUGUCUCUCCCCACAUCCCAUUUCUUCCUUUUUCCUCGUUCUCUCCUUCCUCCUAUCUUUCCCUUUCUUUCUCUUUACUUCUAUGUUCUUGUCUUUCAUUCUAGUUCUCUCUCAUCUUCUAACUCUCCUUCUCUUUCACAGUCUUUCCACUCCAUUCCCUUCCCUCUCUUUCUCCAUCUCUAUCGUUCUACGCCUCGCUUUUUUAUUUUACUCUCUCUGUCUUUCUGCUCUUUCUUUCCUUCACUCUCUUUAUCCCACACUUCUUUUUCUCCAUCUCUUCCAUUUCUCUCAUUUUGUCCGUGUGUCAUAGGAAAUUCAAUGGGUUGUGUUAUCCAGCAGCUUUGA